ACAUACGGUUCCUUAAGUUACAUAUCUACGCAGCGCCUCUCUCCCUGCCACCAUACGCCUCCCACCUCCAUCAUGGAUUAUUAAUCUCGACAAUCGGCAUCCUCGCCCUCUACCCAACACUGCAAAUUCUUUUAAGCUGAUAAUACUUUUGUCAGUGGUUGAUAAACAAUCAUGCUGGAGGUUGCUAGGAUGCAGUCCUUGUUGCUUCAACUUGCUUUCACUUUCUUUGUCCUUUUGAGUUCUGUGAAUACUGGCAAUGCUGGGAUAACUAGUACUUUCAUUCGCUCUGAGUGGCCGUCUACAGACAUCCCUCUUGAUAAUGAAGUGUUUGCAGUUCCAAAGGGUCAUAAUGUUCCACACCAAGUGCAUAUUACCCAAGGCGACUAUGAUGGAAAGGCUGUAAUCAUCUCAUGGGUGACAGCUGAUGAACCAGGGCCCAGUAAAGUACAAUAUGGUACAUCAAAGAAUAGAUAUGACCUUACUGCAGAGGGUUCAAUGACAAACUAUACCUUUUACAAAUAUAAGUCGGGCUACAUCCAUCACUGUCUCAUCGAUGGCCUCAAGUAUGACACCAAGUACUAUUACAAGUUAGGGAGUGGUGAUUCUUCUCGAGAAUUUUGGUUUCAAACACCUCCAAGGAUUGAUCCAGAUGCUACUUACCAUUUUGGGAUCAUCGGAGAUUUGGGCCAGACAUACAACUCUCUUUCUACUCUUGAGCAUUACAUGCAGAGUCCAGGACAAACUGUCUUAUUUGUUGGAGAUCUUUCUUAUGCUGAUAGAUAUCAGUACACUGAUGUUGGUUUACGGUGGGACACAUGGGGUCAAUUCGUUGAACGAAGUACAGCAUAUCAGCCAUGGAUUUGGGCUGCUGGAAAUCAUGAAAUAGAGUACAUGCCUUAUAUGGGGGAAGUUAUUCCUUUCAAAUCCUACCUCCAUCGAUACUCUACACCUUAUUUGGCCUCCAAAAGCAGCAGUCCUCUUUGGUACUCCAUCAGGCGUGCAUCUGCUCAUAUAAUCGUGCUAUCCAGCUAUUCAUCAUUUGUGAAGUACACCCCUCAAUGGAUGUGGCUUAAAGAAGAGUUAUCAAGGGUUGACAGGGAGAAGACUCCUUGGCUCAUUGUUCUUAUGCAUGUGCCAAUCUACAAUAGCAAUGAAGCUCACUACAUGGAGGGGGAAAGUAUGCGAGCUAUAUUUGAGAGUUGGUUCAUCCAUUACAAAGUUGAUGUAGUCUUUGCUGGCCAUGUCCAUGCUUAUGAAAGAUCUUAUCGAAUUUCAAACAUAAACUACAACAUAACUAGUGGGGACCGCUACCCUGUACCAGACAAAUCCGCACCUGUUUACAUAACAGUUGGAGAUGGAGGAAAUCAGGAAGGUCUUGCUGAAAGGUUUAGAGAUCCACAACCAGAUUAUUCUGCAUUCCGAGAAGCCAGUUAUGGACACUCUACGCUGGAGAUAAAAAAUAGGACACAUGCAGUCUACCAUUGGAAUCGAAAUGAUGAUGGCAAAAGAGUGGCAACUGACUCGUUCAUAUUACACAAUCAGUACUGGGCAAGCAAUAUUAGGAGGAGAAAAUUGAAGAAGCAUUAUCUACGGAGUGUUGUUGGCCAGGUUGCCACUUAGUGAUUAGAUUUCAAGUGUAGUGGCAUUACAUGAUUUCGGAGAGGAAUGGAGUUACAGAGAAAGAUAUGAUGAUCAAGCUUGUUAUUUGUAUUCUGUACAAAGGAACUCUGGCCUGCCUUUGCUGAUGGUUGCAUCCUUACGGAAAAGGAAUAUUGGACAUCUUGAUUAUUGUCAUUAAUAAAAUUCUCGUUUGCUUAUCAAAACAAAUUAUUGUACUUCUAAUUCUCUGUUAUGGAAGAUGCACUUGGUCCAUUAAUUAAAUGUCCAACAGUCUGCUCUAAUGAGAAUGCACGGUUCAUACAUAGCCAAAGCCAUUUCAUGUAUCCAGUUGAAACGUGCAAUUCAUAGAUGCAUUAUUUAUUUAGAGCUGUUAUGGUAA